UGCUUAAAUUUGGUAUUGAAUGUAAUUUUGUCCUAUUCUGUAUAUUGUAUCCCAUGUUGUGUAAAUUACUGCGGUGUGUGGCUUGUGUAAUUAAUGCUCGAGUAAGACCGCAAGGUCCGGGUAAACGGGGUAAACUCUACUUGGCGAAAUGACAAAAGCGGCAGGGCGGAGACAUUUUGUACGUAUUGAUAGCAGUUACCUGAUGUAAAUACGUAUAUGUACGAAUGCAUGUACACAUGUACAGUAAAUAUAUCUUUGCUUAGCACACACAUAAAUAUUGCCCAACAAGGACAAUCAAUCUAACUCAAUAUAGCUAAUGCUUUCAUUGCUACUACACAAAUUAUUUCGGGGAAAUAUUCAUAUCGCUCCAACGCAAGAGGAGACAUGGCAGAUACGUUUCGUUGAGUCAGUAAAUAAUUUUAUUUUACUAAACAACAUCUAUAAAAACAGUCAGUAACCACAGGCGCAAGCCCCGACGUACAGAUUAUGGAUAUGCGGGCGCAUUUGUAUUGGUACAGAUGCUGUCAAUUUCAGUCAAGUAUCCACAAAAUGAACCUUGUCACAUUUAUGUAACUUUAUUCUGCAGAGUGAACUUUAUUUCAAAUUUGUAGGUUGAGUGUCAGACUAAUGUAGCAGUCAUAAAAUCAAUAAGAAAAAUCAUAGUAGAAGUUGCCAGUUAGGCUGGAAAAUAGUGCUAAAAAUGGUAAAAUACAUAAAUAUGUCCAAGUUUCCUUCUCCCACUUCUGGCAGUGCUCUCCCACCACAGACGCUACAGCCCAGUAAGAAACUACCAAAUAGAUUUAUCUCAGUGACAUCUUUGAUUGGUGGUCUCGCCGUGGUGGGAAUAUCGUGGGCAUUUCUUGACGAAAUAAAUCAAACCGCUUCAGUUGAAGGAAAACAUGAAGAACAAGCCGAUUUUUCAGGGGAAACUGGAAAUACCAAACUUUCUGUGGUAAUUAUCAGCGUUGGAAUUAUUGCAGUUGUACUGCAAUUAAUUAUCUCUGUUGGAUUUUGGUACUGGAAAGAGAAGGAUUCGAAAUUUCUCGUCUCUUGGUUUGCAAUUGGACAGUCCAUAACUCAGGCUGUCUUGCUAAUAUGUCUUGGAUUAAUUAUUUAUCAAUUUAUCAAAUCUCGUCCACAAGGAGCCAGCGUGCAUGAGCAACCAAAAAGAGCUAAUUCUGCCACAACAGGUCAUGGAUUCUGGAUAAUUCUAUCUGCAAACGUAAUUUUUCACAUUGGAGCAAUUUUAUACCUUUUGCGCCUCGUAAUGAAAAGAAGCGACGAGGAACAAAUGGAGGAGAUGACUGCGGUCGUAAUUCAUAGAAGGAUUCCUUCAAGGAUUCCGUCUUCAAGGAUUCCGUCUGAGAGAACGAAGCGACAUGGCAGAAUGCAAAAAUGAAAAUGGAUCCUAGUAGAAUUUGCCCAGUCAGUGAGAAUCUAUUCUCCCAUAAAUUCACCUGUACAUAUACGUAUGUAGAUAGUCUGUAGUAGUAACACACCAAAAAUAGCUGCUCACUAAGUGAACAUUACGUAGUAAAUUUAGCGUAAAAGAGAUUUGUAACUUUGACUGUAAAUGCAUGGAAAAUUGAUUUGCAACCAUAUACCAUAUGCAAAUGUAAUUUCGUGAUAUCGGUGGAUGAAAAACAAUGAUUAAGGGGACUGUAUUUGUGCAAUUAAUGUAUAACAUUUUCAAGUAGUUUGCAGUUAUCAUAUCUAUUUUGAUGCACAAUGCGCAUACACUUAUGCAGGCACUUUUAUGAAUGUAAACCUUGUUGGAAAUAAAAUAUUGUUUGGUUCUUUUCACGAAA